CUCGUAUACGUCUAAUAUUUAUUGGGGAAUGAAAAUCAGAAUGUGAUAUAAAAUGUCUUUGCAAAUGACGUUAAUUACAUAACUAAAAAGGUUACAGCCUAUAAUCGAAACAGGGUUACGUAAAAACGGCUCUCUGCUAAAUUCCUCACUCCAAAUAGCGUAGACAACAACAACAAAAAUUCGAUGAAAAUGCUAUUUUAGAAAGCGCUAUUUUAUUAUUUGUGUGUUUCUGGCUGCUGAUUUCACUAUUUUUUUAUUUACUUUUUUCUAUUAUUUUUGUCCCUGCCGUAUAUAUGACGAAGAACGUUGAGGGUUAGACGGAGGUGGGGAUUGAAACCCUGCACUCUACGACGCCUCACGUUCAAGGUGGCGCUGGCUGUCAGCUGGUCACGUGACAGCAGGUAAACAAGAAUGGACGCACGAGGCGAACGGAUUCUAUCGGACGUCAACUUGGCCUUCAAGCGUGAUCCUUCCAUUGAUGAAUAUGACUACCUGCCUGUUGAUCAAGCCACACAGAAUCGGAGUCCGGUGACACUUGUUAGCCACAAGCUUGGAAUAGAGUUUUGGAGUGUAAAAGUUCUUUUCCAACAUGCCUACACAAAACUCCUGGCUUGGCGGAACAGAGAAGCCAAUUCCAAAUAUCUUGAACCUCAUGAAAUCUUGUCCCUCACGCGUGCUGUGGUGAUGAUUAAUCCAGAGUGUAGCACCGCCUGGAAUGUUAGGAAGGAGCUGAUUUUGACUGGGGAUCUAAAAGCUGGUGACUGCUUAAAGCUUGGCACGCUGAUCCUUACAAAGCAUCCUAAGAGUGCUGAAGUGUUUUCCCACAGGAAAUGGUUAUUAAAUCACCUAGUAUCGCAAUGUCCAGUUCUUCAAGCUUUGAUGAGAGAUCGGAGAGAGAACAGAGACAUUAAUUCACAAAACUGCUUCCGGUCCACAGACCAGCCAUGGUCGCCAAAUAACAGUAAUGGUCACAACAAUCACAUGUACCAUAUUCAUCUUCCUACUGCUGAAGUCAAUUCACCUGUCUACAAUAUACUCGUGGCUGAAUUUGAUACCUGUACAUUAGCAGCUUCCAAAUACUCUUGCAAUUAUUAUGCUUGGAAUCAUCGCACCUGGGUGAUGAAACUCAUACUCUGUUAUUCUUACACAAUGUUUUUGUCGGAGCUAUCCUGGUCUAAGUCAUGGAUCCAACAACAUAUAUCUGAUCAUAGCUGUUUCCAGUACCGCCAGUUUCUUUUAAUGCAAUUGUCUUCUUGCCAACAAUACCAAUGCUCACUGUCAGACCACUGUGACAACACAGAAGGAUCCAGACCUGUUAACAAUACUCACAACAAUGGCUGCAGUCAACUGCCAGUCGAAAACCCUUUCAUCUCUGAGAUGUCCUUAAUAAGUUUCUUAAUCCACUCAUACCCAGGUCAUGAAACUCUCUGGUAUCACAGGAGGUUUGUACUUCAUUCAUUAGCAUGUGCCAUCAAACAGAAGAAACAGAUGAACUGUCAACAAGAUUUUGUUAACCAGCCUGACUGCAAGCACCUAUACAACACCAAGUGGGAAAUGUCCAUUAAGGAAUUGAAUGCUGAAGAAACUCAAUUUGCUGAACAAGAACUGAAAUCUCCUGAUUUAUUCCAAAGACAUUUAGCCAAGCGAUAUUUGAAUUGGCUGGAAAAUUUCUUUGAAACCUGAAGCUUAUGAAUUAAAAUGUGGUGUGUGAUAAUUUAACAAUGAAUUCAAUGGCAGAAUUUUAAGGCUAAAAAAAAGA